ACAAAAUAUUUUUAGUCCAUUGCUCCAUUUUGUAAUUCCGCCAAGAAGUCUACUAAUACUACAAAACUUACAAAAACAUUGCGGUGGAAACAACGUCUGUCAGUUUCCCGUUGGACAAAUUGCAAUCAUUGGUAGCUUCGCUUCUACAUUUAAACUCCUUCCCAUAUCUCCGUCCCUUCUUUCUCCUCAAAACAUUCAGCAUCGACACUCCGCUCAAGUUAUUCAGAUUCACUUUGCUUCAAAGAAUCUUACUGGGAACUUCAAAAGAGUUUGAAAUAAUUUUCUGAUAAUAUAAAUUAUACUGGGAGUAGCUUAAUCUCGAAGGACAUGCUUGGUUGAAUACUCGAAGCAAUGCUGAGUGUAAAAAGCAAUGCUGGUUUCGUAUUCAUAGCAGUGGCAGCUGUUCUUUCUCAAGCACUUACAGUUACCUCAGUUGCUGUCCCAUCAUCCAAUUGCUAUGCGUUUGAUAAUACUAGCCAUCUUUUUGAUUUCAGUGAUUGGGUCGGAGUUCGUUUUACCUAUGAGGAGAAGGACAAUGACUUUGUGAUCCGCUUUUGCAAAGAUGUAGAGAGUAGAUCAAAAAUGGGAUAUGUAGAUUUUGGUCGAUUCGAUAAGUCUAACUACUUUGUUGCUGGUUCUGGGCAUGUUGACCUUGUUCAAGAGUACUACAUUGGUGACCUGCUGCAUUGUGAGCACACCUUUGACAAAAUGGGACGCACUGCACAGGUAAAUAUUAUAUGUGGAAACUGCUUAAAUGGGCAAUGCAAAGAUCCACUUGGAUGCAUAUGCAAUGUCACAUAUGAAUCCACUUGCAGAGCCAUUGCUGAACUGGCCAUUCCAUGUGAGAAACCAGGCCCACGGGUAUUUGAGGGCUUCACUGUUGGAUUUCAUCCACGAUCAUGGGAAAUUGUUUACAAUGGUCUGACUCAGUUGGGUUUUGAAAAAUCUUGCCAUGACUUUAGCUUCAGCACUGAACAGCCUCAUGUUACCAUUUAUCUGACUGCAAUUGCAUCUCAAUCCAACCUAGUGCAAAAACCUCUCAUCAAGGUCUUUCCAGAAAAUGGGCUGGAGGUUAAACUAUCAGGAACAGGGACAACUGGGAAGCCACCUACAACUCUGUCACCCUCAACUUUGAUUUUAGAUUGGAGAUGUGUGAAGGCCCAUGAUACCCCAUACGAAAUUAACAUCACUAUCCCAGUGGAGGGUUAUGAAUCAAUCGAGUUUGUUCUAACAAAGACGUGUGAAUACACACAAAAUCAGGAAGGAGAUGCUGCAGGAGGGUGGGCAAUAUUUGGAAUAACUUCUUGCAUAUUCAUGGUUUCAUCAACUCUGUUCUGUUGUGGAGGAUUUAUUUACAAGACACGAGUGGAACACCAGCGUGGAAUUGAUGCACUGCCGGGCAUGACAAUUCUUUCUGCCUGUCUAGAGACUGUAAGUGGAGCAGGGCAAGGCUACUCACGUGCAGAGGAUCCUAAUGCCAGCUUUGCCAGUGAAGUCUUCUGGGAGCGCCCACCUGCUGCUGCUGCUACUGCUACUGCUGCUGCUCAAGGAACAUGGACACCGAGUGAAAGAAAAUAUGGUACGAUGUAACAUUUGUAGUCCUUCCCAUAGAAAAGCUAAGUUUCUUCUGGUGAAUCACACGUAUCAGUAUGAGGUACAUUAUAUCCUCCUUUACAAUGUAAACAUUACUCAUUGUAGUAUUUCGUGAUGUGGCAUUUAGAAAUUCCACCAAACUCAUAGAAUAUACCAUUUCUUACCACUUUCUUUUUUACCAUUUAAUCUUAUGGAAGUUUGUAUCAACAUUUACUUCAAGCUAUUGUUGAAACCAUAGCUU